UAAUUCGCGCCGCUUGGCUACGGAUCCACUAAUUCGUGCCGCAUCUACUAGAUACUUCCCAGCUCAUCGUGCCGCAACUGUUUCCUGCAGUUUCGUGAGAAUUAUAAUCUGUUCAACAGGAAGCGUUUGACUCUUGGCCAGGGAGUUCGAAACCUAAGUCGUGUCUGAUAUUAUUUUCCUGAUCUUAGUUUCCUCAUGGCCAUGUCUACGUCGGUCGCGUCGUGGCACGGGCCAGCCACAGCCACAGCGGGGCUCAUCCCCCGCGCAUCGUCCGCACCAACUUCCAAACUGCGCCUAGUUUCCGUCACAGGCGCAGCAUCUACAGCCGCAUGCCUCCCCGUUCCCCGCCAGCGCGCAGCUUUCCUUCCCCGGCCGUCCCUAUCCUCGCGCCUCCUCUCCUCCGCUUCCGCUUUCUCCCCCUCUCUCCCCGCGCUCUCCGCUCAAUCCUCCCCGCACCACCAACCCCACCUUCCGCCGCGCCCGCCUGGCGCACUGCGCGUGCGCGCGCGGGGGGGAGGGGGCGGGGGAAGCGUACCCGUCCCGGACCGAAUUAUCUCCUCCGCCGUCUACUUCCUCCCGCUGCUGGACGGCGCACGCUACGCGCGCUUCCUCUAUGCGCAAUACCCGUUCACGCGCGUGCUCCUCGACCCGAUAAUCCCGCUGGUCCAAGCCUACAACUCCUUCCCGUACGCCGGACUCGUCCUCUUCUUCCUCCUCUAUCUCGCCGUCAUCCGAAACCCUAACUUCGACCGCUACGUGCGGUACAACGCGAUGCAGGCGGUGAUCCUGGACAUCCUCAUGAUCCUGCCGUCGCUGCUCGAGCGCCUCUUCGCCGGCAACGACGGCAUCUCGCUGCAGCUGACGAUCAUCUUCUACAACACCGUGUUUCUGUACCUCUUCGCCUGCUUCGUCUUCGGCGUCGUUUCGUGCCUCCUAGGGAAGACCCCCCGCCUGCCCAUCGUCGCGGAAGCGGCAGACGCGCAAGUGCCGUUCUGAGGGGGGAGGGGGAAGGGUGGAGGGGAAGGAAGGGGGGAGGGGGAAGGGUGGAGGGGAAGGAAGGGGGGAGGGGGGGGGGGGGGGAGGCGUGCAGAGGAGCCACAGGGGGGUCGAUCCGACGGCGUCUCGCUGCAGCUGACGAUCAUCUUGUACGACACCGUCUUCCUCUACCUCUUCGCCUGCUUCGUGUUUGGCGUCGUGUCCUGCCUGCUGGGGAAAACCCCCCGCCUGCCCAUUGUUGCGGAAGCGGCGGACGCGCAGGUGCCGUUCUGAGGGUGCGGGGCGCGGAGGGUUUGCGCAGAGUCGAGGGUCCGCAGAGGGUCGGCGGAGGGGUUCCGCCAGGAGGUGGUCCCCAUCUUUCAAGCGGCGUUCACAGUGCGCGCGGCAUUUCCCCACGGCUCGAUGCGUACGUGCCGAUGUAUGCUUCGAAUCUUCUUGAGAGUACGUUCUGUAACACUUUCGUAGGUCAAUCUCACCUUUUUAACUGCAAUAUGUUUUCCAUGGUUCGAGUCAAGCACACCCUAGUAACUCAUAUUCGCCAUCUUUGCGCCGCUGUGGUGUGAGUGAGCAACGCUGUCUCUCGCCGCAAUCCUUCCGUUGAUCAACAGCAGCACCACCAGCGCAAUGAGCAACACCAAACACCUCAAACGCCUCGGCUACCACUCCCGGGUGGUACAAUCAGACCUUUUCUCUCGGCGACCACCCCUAGGUGGUGCAGUGAACUGCGAUAACAUUGAGCCAACCGCACUGAAAGAAAUUACGUUUCUGGUUCCCUCGCCAGAAUUUCCCUCCCCUCGCCCCCAUUUCCCUCCCCUCGCCCCCAUCUCCCUCCUCUCGCCCCCAUUUCCCUCGUCUCGCCCCCAUUUCCCUCGUCUCGCCCCCAUUUCCCUCGUCUCGCCCCCAUUUCCCUCGUCUCGCCCCCAUUUCCCUCCCCUUGCCCCCAUCUCCCCCCUCUCAUUCCCGUUUCCUUCCUCUCACCCCCAUUGCCCUCCUCCCCCCCAUUUCCCUCCCCUCACCCCCAUUUCCCUCCCCUCACCCCCAUUUCCUUCCCCUCACCACCAUUUCCACCCCCUCCAUUUCCCUCCUCUCACCCCAAUUUCCCUCCCCUCACCACCGUUUUCAUCCUCUAAACACCAUUCCCCUCCCCUCACCACCAUUUCCCUCUAAUCUCCAUGUCCCUCCUCUCACCUCCAUUUCUCUGGUCUCACCUCCAUUUCUCUGGUCUCACCUCCACCUCUCAGACAUUUUCAUCCUCACCACCAUCUCCCCCCCCUCGCCCUCAUUUCCUUCCCCUCAACCCCAUUUCUGUCUAUGGAAGUCGCACUGUGUGUGAGACUGCCGGGUUGUAUGGAAGUGAAGCAAUAUGGAAGUGCACUGUGCUUACUGUAGCUCUUAGCAUGACUCACCCCACCCCCUUGGGCGAAAGGCUGGAGGAUGUUCCUGUAAUAUUGGCUGGCAAUUUCGGCUCAUCCCCCCCCUUUCUCUCUCUCUCUCUCUCUCUCUCUCUCUCUCUCUCUCUCUCUCUCUCUCUCUCUCUCUCUCUCUCUCUCUCUCUCUCUUUCUCUCUCACUGCCCGUCCCUCACACGCUAUCUCCUGCCCUGCUGCCAUCCACUCCUUUCUUUCUCAUGCUAUCACCCCCUCUCUGACCAACCCUCCCUCUCCCUCUCGUCCUCUCUCUCUCUCUCCCUCUCUCUCUCUCUCUCUCU